UGGAUGCAAGUAUGGCAGAAGAGGCACAACUUCAGAUACUGAUGCUGCCGUGGUUGGCACAAGGUCAUAUUAAUCCUUUCGUUAAUCUUUCCAAGGCCUUGGGAAGCCAUGGGGACGUGAAAGUCUGGAUCGUAUCAACCCCUGUCAAUAUAUCCCGAAUAAGAUCUCGCUUGCAGGGGGAACCCAUCCACCUACUGGAGUUGCCAUUGCCGUCUGUGGACGGACUGCCCCCUGGCGUCGAAUCUACAGCAGACAUUAAACCAGAAUCAGCCCAUCUCCUUCACAGGGCAUUCGAUCAAUUGGACAAGCUGUUUGAGAGUCUUUUGCGACGCCUUUCGCCAAAUUUUGUGGUGUACGACGUCGCAGGGCCCUGGGCCGCCACCGUCGCCUCCCAACUGGAAAUACCGAGCUUUGUGUUUUCCGUCUACAGUCCGGCGGCAUUCGGUAUUUUUCUUGGGCAUGCCAAGAGGGCAGGGAGCAGCAGGGACGUGAAGGCGGAAGAUCUGAAACAAGCGCCGGACGGCUAUCCCUUACCUAGCGUCUCGUGGAAGAUGUUCGAAGCCCGCCUCAUGUUGAGCAACUAUAUUGCAUUAGCAGAUCGCAUCUGGGUUUGUUGUCAGCGAUCGUGUGGAAGGCUGAUAAAGUCGUGUUUUGAAGAGGAGGACAAGUAUCUGCAAUACUUAAACCAUCUCACUGGAAAGCCAGUGAUUUCCAUUGGUCCAUUAAUGCUUCCUGAAGCCGGUGCGCCAAGGGAGGAUACGUCUGGAAAUUACCUGAUAGAGUGGCUGGAUAAGCAACGGCCGUCGUCGGUGGUGUUUGUAUCCUUCGGGAGCGAGUCGUUUCUGUCGGUGGAGCAGAUAACGCAAUUGGCGCUAGCACUGGUGGACAUUGGGCGGCCCUUUCUCUGGUCUUUGCGAUCUUCUGACGGAACAUCCUCCGCAUUGUCGUUGUUCCCCGAGGGUUUUGAAGGCCGGACACGUGACAGGGGGCUGGUGGUUGGCGGUUGGGUGCCUCAGGUGAGUAUCGUUUCGCAUCGUUCGGUGGGAAGCUAUGUGACCCACGGUGGGUGGAGCUCGGUGAUGGAAGCAUGGCUCUACUCUGGGUUGCCGCUGGUGUUGAUUCCGUUGCGGCAUGACCAGGGGCUUAACUGUCGACAGAUUGCGCUGGAAUUGAACGCGGGAAUUGUGGUGGAGAGGAAUGAGGAGGGGUGUUUUAGCAGGGAGGACGUAUGUAAGGCAGUUUCGAUGGUGAUGGGCGAUGGAGAGAAAGGGGAACAGAUUCGAUCGAGGGUGAGAGAACUACGUGGUGUUAUAGACCUCAACACAGGACGUCAACAGGCGUAUAUGGUAGAGCUAGUUAACCACUUGAAGAGGCUUCUUAUCUCCCGUAAAGAAACAUCUGUGUAGCCGAUAUUGGUGCCUUUGACUAUCAAUAAUUGAGCAUCAUUCUCUAAGCAUCGCUCUUUCUAUGGAGAGGAGCAGGAAUCGGGUGGGAUCUAAUAAUUAGAUGAUAUUUAAAAGUAGUAUCGAAAGUUCUGGUAUAGUUUAGGAUUUUAAAUGAUUUAUAAAAUAUUAUUAUAUGUAAUGGUGUUGGUUCUUUGUGAAGAAGCAUAAUAUGAUGUUAUUGGUAGAGUAGGAGGCUUUGCCUAUGGAUAAAGUGAAUGAUCUUAUCAAUGGUUUUAUU